CGCCGUGGAUGUAUUAAGCUUGUAUCGUGUAUUUCGGACCUACACACCUGACACACGCUGCAGUGGCCGACCGCAAAUUUAACUUGAACGCCAGAUUAGUUUAGUGAGACAGCUGACCGGGAAGCAAUAUUUUGUUUUCCUAGCAUGGCGAAGGUACUAACUAAUUGACUUGCGUUCAUUUUUCUGCGAUCUUUCCCUCUUGUGAGACAUACCCAACUUAUGCCUAACCCAAACCAUAACGCUAACCUUAACCUAAUCCUAACCCUAACAUUAACCCAUAGGCCAAAGUAACCACUUAAAAUUAAAAAAAGUGACUUCACUAUCCUAGGGGGAAAAAAAGAUGUCGACCGGGAAGUGUUGUUUCCUAAACGCGCCUAACAUUGUCACGUUACUGGUGUCAUUUACGGUGUGUGUGCUGUUCUAACCAGCUUCAGUCGAUUUUAAGCUGUCCCGAAGUUUAGUGAGUAACUUUUAUAAUAGCUGUGCUGACUGGUGUGUGUGUAUGUAGACAGUCGUGGACGUGCUGUGUUCACGCCUCCGUGCUGUUGACUUGGUUACAGAGUUUUUUUUAGCUUCGCUCUUAUUGCUCUUAUUGCUACUGUAGAUGAGAACACACACUACAGCUGCCUUAAGCUGCAAUGCAUUGAAGUUUUUUUUUUAAUAUGCCCUGCUCGAUUUUAUUUAGACCUGGGUCCUACAUUAUCAGCUAGUCCACAUUUAUCACCCUUCACUGUCCAGCAUAAACUUUUGGGAAACACUUUUUUUGAUAACUUUAGUUUGAAAGGGCAAUAACUUUUGGGUUCAUCUUGAAGAAUGAAAUGUUGGGCAGCAGGGUGACACAGUGAGUAGGCAGACUGGCUGUGUCUCUGAUGGGAGGAUACAGGUUCAAGCAUCCAUUGUGCUGACGUGCAGACAUCUCUACCUGCUGUGUAGCUGAGCCUGACCUCCCUGUGGAGUGGACAAAUAAGACAGGAUUUGUCUUACGUAUCAUAUUAAGAGAGCUCAUAAGCAGGUGAGGAUGAAGAAGUGGGGAGACCGGCUGAAGAAGGUUGAGCAGCUUGCCCAGUCUUUCCAGCAGAGUCCCCUGGCCACACCAUACAAACCCCGCCUGUGGCUGUGCCAGCCGUCCUCUGUCUGGAAGGUCUUCCCUCGUCAAAGCGUGGCCAUCAGCUUCGCACAGAGUUGCAGAGAGGCUGUGCAUGUUUUUGCACUUGAAAAAGAACAGGCGGCACCGGGUCAAAGGAUCUAUCUGGUCACCAGUUACAGUGAGCUGUGGCAUUACUACAAGACGUAUCGGCAGUCCUUGAUGCACUGCUAUGAGGUGAUUACAGAGGCAGCUGUUUGUAAGCUCUACUUUGACUUGGAGUUUCACAGUCCCUCAAACCAAAAACUGGAUGGGAAAACGAUGGUGUCUUUUUUUAUCCAGUAUGUUUGUGAAAAGCUGUUGGAAGUUUAUGGGGUCAAAUGCACCGCAAAGGACGUCCUGAAUCUCGACUCCAGCACAGAAGAGAAAUUCAGUCGCCAUCUAAUCUUUGUUCUGUCAAAUGCGGCUUUCAAAGACAACAUACAUGCUGGUCGAUUUGUCCAUGCAAUUCUACAACAGGUUUUGAGCACAAAGAAAAGCAAAAGUCAUACGGAUGUCGAUGUCAAUUCAGUGCAAGAGGACAGUGCAGCACGCAGAACACAUGCUUUACCUGUCGAGAACCCAGCAGAGGCCGACAGUCCACAGGCUAAGAGGCAGAGGCGGGAAGAGAGGGACCUCAGCUUCCUUAUGGUGAAAAACAAGGAGGGCCAGGAAUGUCUCUUUGUUGAUCUUGGUGUCUACACCAAGAACAGAAACUUCCGCCUUUACAAGUCAACCAAAGUGGGGAAGAAUGCCGCAUUUUCUGUGGCAGAGGACAACAAAUUCAUUGCCAAACCUGAGAAGAACAUUUCUGCGGAGGAGAGCCUGUUCUUGGCUUCUUUAAUCUGUAAUGUGAGUUUCACAGGUCAGAGAAUUCUUACAUGGGAUGUCCCAAACACAAAGGACUCAAAAGCUGCAGCACCUCAGUGUAAGCCAGGAACAACAACUGCAGGCUCAUUUGGUGGCCACCUGUCAUCUCCUUACCAAGAGGUGGACAACUUUGUGCUAUCUGUGGUCAAAAAGGACGGCGUUGAGGGAAGCAUAAGACGAUGGAACUACUUUGUCUCCCAACAUUUGCUCGUCUACGACAUUGCGAAUUACCGCUGGUGUGAAAAUGUGGGCAGGCCCCACAGAAGCAACAAUAUCAUGAUUCUUGUGGAUCUCCAAGAAGAGGUGUGGUACCAGAAGUGUCACGAUCCUGCCUGCAAGAACUUCAGAUCCUCAAGUUACCCGUUGCCACAGGAGAUCUGUGUCAGCUACCUCAUGGCAUUGGAUGAGGAUGAUCAGGCUUUUUUAAUGGAUGACACCGGGAACAUUGAACUCAGCCAGACACCAAAUCAAGCUGAAGACAGUGCAGCUGACCCAGAGGAAGCAGAAGGUGCCGAGUGGGGAGACGGACAGGACGAUCAGGCCUGUUUGGAGGCCCUGGAGGACUUUGAAAGACAAACAGAGGAGAUCCCAGAUCAGCUUCUGCUCCAGUGCGUGGCUGAUUUUGAUUCCAGUUAGACAGUGAUGCUGAAUGGAGAUUUGUUAAUUUUAUCCUGCUGGGCAGUGUUAAAGUUGUAAUGAUUUAUUAAUGCACUUUUUU